GUGAGUGGCUGCUUCUUUUUUCUUUGACAAAAUUUAGGCUUUCCAGUAGCCUCCUUUGUGGAACACCGCGUCAUUCGUUCACUCCUUGACGGAUGGUAUCUUAGCUCAUCUCCUCCUUGAUCGAUCGCACUGGGAGGUUUUUUUUUUUGUUUACAAUGCUGGAUUUGGGAGAGUUUUUGUUGCCGGCUUUUGUGUUGGAUCGCGAGGAGCGCUGCGAUGGUGGCGGCUUGGAAAGGGUUCCCAGGUUUCCUUUGCUCGUUUUUGUCAAUGCCAAGAGUGGUGGGCAGCUGGGAAUCGCGCUCCUGGAGACCUUCUCCAAGCUUCUAGCGUCACACCAGGUGUUUGAUCUAAGCAAGGUUGAUCCUCGAGAAGUUCUAUCCAGAGUCUCGAAAAAUCUAGAAGCCGAGAACGAUGUUGCGAAGAAAUUGAGAAACUCUUUGAGGAUUGUGGUUGCAGGGGGUGAUGGCACGGCUGGAUGGCUGCUUGGAACAGCGAGCGACGUGAGCCCUCACCAUCCAUUUCCAAUUACCACGAUUCCUCUUGGAACUGGAAACAAUCUUCCAUUCUCGUUUGGCUGGGGGAAGUUCAAUCCUGGCACGGAUGCUCGCUCCAUGAAAAAGUUUCUCAAGCAAGUGCUCGAGGCACAUUCUCUGAAAGUGGACAGAUGGCAGCUAACAAUGACAAUGGAAGGAGAGCCGGAUAUGCUGCCUCAUUCAAUACAAAAGAUUCCAAGAAUCGAAGAAACCAAUGAAGCUCCACUAAAGUUUCGUGGAGGAUUUUGGAAUUAUUUCAGCAUAGGUAUGGAUGCACAGGUUUCAUACGAGUUUCAUAAGCAAAGACGUGAAAACCCCGAGAAAUUCAAUAGCCAACUAAGAAACCAAUGUGCUUAUGCUACUCUUGGCUGUACUCAAGGAUGGUUUUGCGCUCCUUGUUUGCAUCCUUCCUCAAGGAGUAUCAAUGAAAUCGCGACAGUGUAUACAGCUGAUUUCAAUGGUCCAUGGAAGAAACUGCCGAUUUCCUCUAGCAUAAGGUCCCUGGUUUUGCUAAACUUACCAAGCUUUUCAGGAGGCUUGGAUCCUUGGGGGACUCCCAAUGACAGAAAAUCUAUCAAGAGAGGAUUAACUUCUCCAUCUGUGGAAGAUGGAUUGCUGGAAAUAGUUGGCUUCAGAGAUGGAUGGCACGGCUUGUUCCUGUUGUUUCCAAAGGGCCAUGGAACUCGUCUCGCUCAGGCACACGAGAUUAAGAUCGAGCUCCAGUGCAGAUCAUCGUCACGAUCAAAUCAGUGCUGCACUUACAUGAGAAUGGAUGGGGAACCAUGGAAACAAAGGUUGGAGAAAGAUAGAAUUAUCACAGUGGAGAUUUGUCACAAGGGUCAGGGAGCAAUGCUUGCAAGGCAAGGAUGCAUUGCAGAGAGGAAAGAUGCUUACCGGCAUGCCCUGACAAUCACCAAGCAUGGCUUGGAGCAUGGAUUGAAACCAAAGUCCAAUGGUUGCUUUCCUUUCAAACUAACUUCUGAAAAAUAAUAAUGUAUAGGUUUUUGAAUGUUCUUAGAAUUGAUAUAAUUUUAAUCAUACCUCUUUGCUUA